AUGGAAGCGACCAACGAAACAGGCACGCCGACACUGGCGACAUACCGAGCCGAUGGAUCUAGUGAAGUCGCACCCACGGACGAAGAACUGAUUCAGCAAGCCGAAGCAGAGGUUGAUACGGAACGCUACUUCCGCGCAGCCAAGCUUCUUCAAGCCGUCCAAAACCAGGGCCUAUUGCAACCUCAACACCACCGCUUGCUCGAAUUGGCCGUAUCCGCACAAGCCAUCAAAGAUGAUCUACUGUUGCCGCAUCCAGAAGACGGUGGCUGGAAAAAGCAGAGUGAAACACACGGACACCGAGAUACCUCUAUUUACUACAAACGAGUAGAGCUCUUCGAAACUUGGAUGCCACGGUGGAAGGUGCCCCGGUUAGGAAUUUCCAAGUCGGACAAAUUGCGAGAAACGGGCCGUGGAAAUCAGGUUAUUCGUGUGGGCAUUGACAUGCCCUUUCCUUUUCGUAAUCGGGAGUGCGUUCAGCAUGCCGUCGCCAUAGAUUCCAUUGGCGAAGACCAAACAAUUGUCGUCAAAGUCGAUUCUCUUGACGAAGGCACUUACGAUGGCGGAUUGGAAAUUGGACCGGCACCGAAAGGCACCACGCGCGUCGACUUUCACGCCGGCAUACUGUUCCGCUCCUAUCCCGAUAAUCACCCGCUGAUGGAAAAGUCGAAGCACGACUAUCCGGCAGGAGAAAGGCUCAUCCUUCUUUCCGUCUCACAAUCGAUGGAUGCGCACGUGGCUGGUGUGCCCAUGUCAAUAAUCAACUUCUUUACACGCACCGUGCUGGGAGGUAUGUGGGGAAGUUUGAUGAAAGUAGCCGAAGAGGUUCGGGAUGGACAACGACCCUUGCACCAACAGGCAAUCCAGGACAAGCAGGAGUUGUACGGAUGGCUGAAAGACCGGGUCGAAGUCAUGCUUUCCAAUAUGGGGAACGGAAGCGAAGUCAAAAUGACAGACAGCGCUUUACUAAGAGAUUGAGCAAUCGCUGGACCAAGUGGGACUGACUCCCGACACGCUGCGGAAAGCGAGCGACAAACUACAAGGUUCUCGCUACAAUUUACAGUUAGUAGACUUUUGUUACAGAUUAAAUACGGCCCAUAG